AAGCGGGAGCGCGCACCAGCGUGGACGCCAGAGAUCCCGCAGGCGGGUACCGGAAGAGAUCGCGCGCGUGGCGCCCGGGCCUCAGCCAUGGCUCACAGGCCGAAGAGGACUUUCCGGCAGCGCCGAGCCCACUCCAGCGAUAGCGAUGACGCCGAGGAGCGGUCUGCUGAACCCGAGGCUCCGGGGGAGCAGGCGGCCCCGGGCCCUCCAGAGGAAGGGCCGCCCAGUGGCGUGGGCCGCGCGGAGGUGACGGACUGGCGUGCUCGGGCCCGGGGCCCUCGCGGUCGUGGCCGAGUGUGGGCAAGCUCCCGGCGCGCCGCGGGGGCGGCUCCGCGCGCUGAAGGCUCCGCCGUCCCAGAAUUCAGAAUGGUUGAUCUUUCAACGGAUGAAGAGAGUGAAACACAUCAUUCCCCAGAAAGUAAAGAUGAUCACAGUUCAUCAUCCAACAGCUCUAGCUCUCUGGAAGAAGAAUUUUCGUCAGUAGUAAAUAUCCCUGAUGCAGCUUUUAUUCAGGCAGCCCGCAGGAAACGUGAAUUGGCCAGGACCCAAGAUGACUAUAUUUCUUUGGAUGUAAAACAUACCUCUAUCAUCACUGGGACGAAGAAAAACAGUGAUGAAGAUCCUGAGAGUGAGCCUGAUGACCAUGAAAAGAGAAUACCGUUUACCCCAAAGCCUCAAACACUUAGACAAAGGAUGGCUGAUGAAACAACACCUAGAAAUGAAGAAACAAGUGAAGAAAGUCAGGAAGAUGAAACUCAAGAUAUUUGGGAACGGCAGCAGAUGAGGAAAGCAGUUAAAAUCACAGAGGGACGAGACUUAGAUCUUUCCUACAACAGUGAAUCUCAGACAGUGAAGAAGUUUGAUACUUCCACUUCAUUUCCACCAGUAAAUUUAGAAAUUAUAAAGAAGCAAUUAAAUACUAGAAAACUGAAGAAGAGAGAACACUUCCAAACCCAUUUUAUGAAAUUAACACUGCUACAGGAUACACACCGCUCACACCUGAGGGAAUAUGAAAAAUACAUACAAGAUGUCAAGAGUUCGAAGAGUACCAUCCAGAAACUAGAGAAUUCAUCAAAUCAAGCUCUAAAUUUUAAAUUCUAUAAAAGCAUGAAAAUUUACGUGGAAAAUUUAAUUGACUGUCUUAAUGAAAAGAUUAUCAGAAUCCAAGAAAUAGAGUCAUCCAUGCAUGCACUCCUUUUAAAACAAGCCAUGACCUUUAUGAAACGCAGGCAAGAUGAAUUAAAACAUGAAUCAACGUAUUUACAACAAUUAUCACGCAAAGCUGAGACAUCAACAAAUGGAAGUUUGGCUGUAGGUGAAAAAACUCCAUGGAUUUUGGAAGAGAUUGAAUCUCGAAGGUCACAAAGAAGACAAGCAAGGGCACUUUCUGGGAAUUGUGAUCAUCAGGAAGGGACAUCUAGUGAUGAUGAACUGUCUUCAGCAGACAUGAUUGACUUCCAAAAAACCCAAGGUGAAAUUUUACGGGAUCACAAGCAGAUUUUUGAAGAUGUACAUGAUGAUUUUUGUAAUAUCCAAAAUAUUUUGUUGAAAUUUCAACAAUGGCGAGAAAAGUUUCCUGAUUCUUAUUAUGAAGCUUUCAUUAGUUUAUGCAUACCGAAGCUUUUAAAUCCCCUAAUCCGACUUCAUUUGAUUGAUUGGAAUCCUCUUAAGUUUGAUGCUGUAGGCUUAAAACAGAUGCCAUGGUUCACAUCUAUAGAAGAAUAUAUGGCUAGCAGUAUGGAAGAUUCAAAGAAGGAAGAUGGUUCUGAUAAGAAAAUCUUGUCUGCUAUCAUCAAUAAAACAGUUAUUCCUCGACUUACAGACUUUGUAGAAUUCAUUUGGGAUCCCUUGUCGACCUCACAGACAACAAGUUUAAUAACACACUGCACAGUGAUUCUUGAAGAACUUUCCACUUGUGGAAAUGAAGUUAGUAAAGGCAAACAGGACUUACUUAAAUCCAUUGUUUUGAGAGUGAAGAAAGCAAUAGAAGAUGAUGUUUUUAUUCCUCUAUAUCCAAAGAGCACUAUAGAAAACAAAACAUCACCACAUUCAAAGUUCCAAGAAAGACAGUUCUGGUCGAGUGUAAAGCUUUUCCGCAAUAUUCUUCUUUGGAAUGGACUCCUCCCAGAUGACACGUUACAAGAACUAGGACUCGGGAAGCUGCUGAAUCGCUACCUUAUGACAGCUCUUCUUACUGCCAGUCCUGGGCCAGAUGUUGUUAAAAAGUGCAGCCAGAUAGCAGCAUAUUUACCAGCAAAAUGGUUCCAAAGCUCUGCCAUGAGAACGUCUAUUCCCCAGCUAGAAAACUUCAUUCAGUUCUUGUUGCAGUCUGCACAGAAAUUAUCCAGAAGUGAAUUCAGGGACGAAGUCAAAGAAAUAAUUCUUAUUCUGGUGAAAAUAAAAGCUUUGAAUCAAGCAGAAUCCUUCAUAGAAGAAUGUCACCUAGACCAUCUUAAAUCAGUAAUUAAAGAAGUUUGAGCAAACUAUGGGAAGUACUAACGUGAGACUUUAAUAUAAUCACUCAUGGCUCAUUUGCUCGGGGCGGCGGUGCCCGCAGGACUCCAUUCCUUCGCCUUAUUUUACCUUCUGGUAUCGCGAAAGGCUGCCCCUCUGUGGUGUUUGCAGGAAGUAAGCCCACAGGAGCAGGAUCCUUUGGAUCCAAAGCAGGAUUCUUUGGCCUUCUUUUCCACUGUAAGAGAGGAGUUGGGGAAACCUUGCUGCUUUGGCUUUGGUGAGUCUUCUGAACUGACCGUAGCAACAUCUGCUAGUUCUCUUCAUCCCGUCUCUAUUCACAAAAAAUUAAAAUGGAAAUCUUAAUUGGAAUGAAUCAUUUGCUAAGUGUUAACUGAUUAAGGUAUUUUAAGGCUUUUGAUAACUAUUGUCAAAUUGUCCUUCAGAAAUCUGUACCAGUGUAUUGUGCCAAAACAAGUGUAAUAAGCCAGCAAAACCCCCCUGCCAUAGGUUUUUUGUUUUUGUUUUUUUUUUAACUCAGUACAAAUUCAGUAAAUGUAUAAAAUUUUAAUUAUUCUUUUGGCUGUUAGUACUUUUUUGGCCCUUUGUAAUUCUUUUUGAAAUCCACUCAUGUUAAUGGCUUUGUAAGAACUUUGUUUUAAAGAUACCAAUGUUUUGUCUAUCCUAUGUUACUGUUUUCCGUAUUGUCAUUUUUUCUCAAUGUAUGAUGUCUUGUUAGGUACUUAGAUUUCUCUUCUGUUAGGGUUUUUGUCAUUGGUGAUAGGCUUAGACAGGAUACAUGUAUUUUAAAUAUUCAGAACAUGUAAUAAACUUUCCGAUAUUUGUAUAAUUGAAAAGAGACUGAAAAUUUCUCAAAAUGAGCUUACUAAUAAUUUUUUCUUAAGUCUAUUCAUUAAAUAACUCCAGGGCGACCCUGAAUAUAUAUUUUGUAAAUUAUUGCCCCAAAGAAUAUCAGGAAAAAAAAUACCAUAUUGUAGGACUUCAGCAUGUGGCUUCUGACAUUUUCACCUCUAGUUUUGAAGCUGUGUAUUUUUUUUUUUUUUUUAACAUUUAUUUAUCUUGAGAGAGACAGCAUGAGCAGGAGAGGGGCAGAGAGAGAGGGAGAUAGAAUGCUAGCAGGCUUUGCAUGGUCAGCAUACACAGCCUGACGUGGGGCUCGAACUCACGAAACCAUGAGAUCAUGACCUGAGCCAAAAUCAAGUGUCAGAUGCUUAACCGACUGAGCCACCCAGGUGUCCCUGAAGCUGUGUAUAUUUUAACAGAUUGAUGUGUUAUUUCUAUUUGUGAUUCACUAGUAUGAACAGUUUGAAUGCUCUUUUAGUUACGCAAAUUAUAUAAGAAUAGGAUCUCUUCUAGAAAGCGUUUAGCAUUCCUGCACCAAUUACUGUCCCAGAGGUAACUGCUGUUUUCAUUUUAAUGUUACCAUUUCAGACUUUUUCUCUACUUACACAAACGUACGUGUGUGUAACACAAAAGGCAGAUCUUUAUUGCAUAUGAAAUUUUAGUUUUAAUAAAGUGUACAUUUGGAAA